GGCACUUGUGUUUGAAUAUGGAGUAGCUUCGUUAAAUGUGCAGUCUGUUUUCCUCAGUUUUGUCAAUUCAGGUGAGCACAACUCCCAAGUGUGAAGGGUCAAACAAGGACAGUUCCCAAGAAAAAAUUCACCAACUUCAGAGCUAUCCAGAACUUUUGAUUCGGAAGAUGUUUAUUAAAGUUAAUUUUUCUACAACUUCUAAAAUAUCAUAUUCUUUAUCCACAUUAAAAAAUAUACAAAAAUCUGUUAUGAUGUCUAAAUUUGAUCUUCCUGAUCGUUUAAAAGGCAAUGAAAAAUCAGUAUGGGUAGAAUAUAUUCAAUUGGCUUUAAAAUAUAAACCUUUAGUAAAUUUAGGACAAGGAUUUCCAGAUUUUCAUGCUCCAGAAAAUGUAACAAAAGCUUUAGCUGCUACAGCUACAAGUGAAAAUCCUCUUUUGAAUCAAUAUACCAGAGGAUUUGGUCAUCCACGUUUAGUUAAUGUUGUUGCAAAAUUGUAUUCUAAACUAUUAAACCGUACUUUAGAUCCAAAUAAUGAAAUUCUUAUAACUGCUGGUGCUUAUGAAGCAUUAUAUGCUACAUUGCAAGGUCAUACUAAUCCUGGUGAUGAGUGGAUAAUUAUUGAACCUUUUUUUGACUGUUAUGUACCUAUGGUUAAGAGUGCUGGAGGAAUUUCAAGAUUUAUUGCUUUAAAACCAAAACGCACGAAUGGACCUCUUUCUUCUGCAGAUUGGAUAUUUGAUAAACAAGAAUUAGAAAGUCUUUUCAAUGAAAAAACAAAAGGAAUAAUUAUUAACACUCCACACAAUCCUUUGGGAAAAGUUUUUACGUUAGAUGAAUUACAAUUCAUUGCUGAUUUAGCUAAAAAAUGGAAUACUCUUGUUGUAGCAGAUGAAGUGUAUGAAUGGCUUGUUUAUGAACCAUAUAAACAUAUUAGAAUUGCAACAUUACCUGAUAUGUAUGAGCGUACAAUUACAAUUGGAUCUGCUGGUAAAACAUUCAGUGUCACUGGAUGGAAAUUAGGAUGGGCUUAUGGUCCAGCAAAUUUAUUAUAUAACUUGCAAAUUGUUCAUCAAAAUAGUGUAUAUACAUGUAAUACACCAAUUCAAGAAGCUGUAGCUAUUGGAUUCGAACAAGAAUUAGAAAGAUUCGGUCAACCUGAUUGUUAUUUUGUUAGUUUAGCUAAAGAAUUAAUAUCAAAACGAGAUUAUAUGGCUAAAUUUCUUAGCGAUGUAGGAAUGUCUCCGACAAUUCCCGAAGGUGGAUAUUUUAUGGUAGCUAAUUGGACAGCUUUAAAAGAUAAAAUUAAUUUAGAAGAAGAAACGGAUGAGAAUAAAGAUUAUCGUUUUACAAAAUGGAUGACGAAAAACGUUGGUGUUCAAGGAAUUCCGCCAUCCGCUUUUUACAGUUCCGAACAUAAACAUUUAGGUGAAGAUAAUGUGCGAUACUGUUUUAUAAAAAAAGAUGAAAAUUUGAAGAAAGCAGCUGAAAUUUUAAUGAAGUGGAAAUCUCAAGAAUAGUAUUCUUCUAUUCAUUUUCUUUUGUUUCUUUUUUUGGGAUAAAAAAACGAUUUUAAUUAGUAAUUAUUAGUUU